AUGGACAUCGACUACACGACAAAGCCAAGCCUCACUGAGCUAGAAGCAUCAGUGCUUACGGAAUACCAAAACAUCAAUGCCACUUUGAUCCAACUAAAUCAAAGGCUAAAGAGCCUUACGAAUAAAGAUGACGCAGAUGGUGGUGAAAGUAUACGACUGGUUGAAACAUUGAGACAAAUGGAAACAAGGCUACUGCUUAUAUACACAUUCUUUAGGGGUGCUGUCUAUACGCUAUAUGCUGAUGUAGGAGAAGGUGUCGAAAAUGGCAAUGAAGAUUUGACGGAAAGUGUGGAUGAACAGGAGGACGAUAAUGGUACAGACUAUGAGGGCAGGGAAGAGUAUGACAAGGGUACAAAUGAGCUACUGAGUAUUUCCGAUACCUGA